UUGAUCUUGAGCGGCAUGCAAACUCUGGCGGGGACAUGGUCCAUGAUAUCUGGGAAGCUCUUGCCAGAGCCAAAUACAUGGAGUGGGAACUUUCAUCCAGCGAACGAGCAUGGCGGUUGCAAAAACUCAAGUAGUAUCUUUAGUUCUGCUGAGGUUGAAUGUGAAAAAGCUCUUAUGCUUCAUCAGUUUCUUCAAGAUCCUCAGCCGGAAGACUGCUUUCAGGCAUCACCAGAUGAUAAAGUUGACCAAUUUGAACUUUUGAAUGAAGUUUUCAGCAAAGCAUUGGAGGAUGACACACCUAGAGAAGUACCUGACUAUUUAUGUUGCAAUAUCACACUUGAUAUCUUCCAGGAUCCCGUCAUCACUCCAAGUGGUGUUACUUAUGAAAAAGCUGUACUUCUCGAACAUCUUGAAAAGGUGGGUAAAUUUGAUCCAAUUACAAGAGAACCUCUUGAUAAGGACAAGUUGAUUCCAAACCUCGCCAUCAAGGGAGCUGCUCGAGCAUUCCUGAAGAAGCAUGGUUGGGCAUACAAGACAAGCCAAGGGUCGUAGUUUAUUGCCAUGGAAUGCAGUUGAUGUACUUCAAGCUAUCACAGGUAUUAGUCUUGGUAGAAUUCUCUUUUAUGUUUGGUUUCCAUCUCUUUUUUUUUUCUUUUACUAGAG